AUGCCAAUAAGACCAGAUCUCCAGCAGUUGGAAAAAUGCCUCGAUGAUGCUUUAAGAAAAAAUGAUUUUAAACCUUUGAGAACACUUUUACAAAUUGCUGUUUGUGAAGAUGUGAAGAUUAAAUGCAGCAAACAGUUUUUGUACAAGUUGGACAACCUUAUAUGCAGGGAACUUAAUAAAAAGGAUAUCCAAACUAUUUCAACCAUUUUGGUUUCUAUUGGAAGAUGUGGCAAAAAUAUCAGGGUAUCGGGGCAAGCUGGACUUUUAACUAUGAUAAAACAAGGACUAGUCCAAAAGAUGGUUGCCUGGUUUGAAAAAUCCAAGGAGAUUAUUCUAAGUCGAAGAAAUUCAAAAGAUGAAGCUGUUAUAAAUAUGAUAGAAGACUUUUUCGAUCUUUUGAUGGUUAUACAUGAUGUCAAUGAUGAAGGUAAAAAACAAGUAGUGGAAAGUUUCGUACCUCGCAUUUGUGCCUUGGUUAUUGACUCAAGAGUGAAUAUUUGUAUUCAGCAAGAGUAUAUUUCUGUUGUCUUAACAAUUCAUUAUUAUGACCUACAGGUAGGCAUCGUAGAAGCUUUAUGUAGAAUGACCACAGAAAAACAAAGGCAAGAACUGGCAUGUCAGUGGUUUUCAAUGGAUUUUAUUGCUAAUGCAUUUAAAGGAAUUAAAGACUCUGAAUUUGAAACAGAUUGCAGGUUAUUUCUCAACCUUGUAAAUGGCAUGCUUGGAGACAAGAGAAGGUGAGCUUAAUGCAGGAUAUUGACAGUUUUUAUUAGUGUGUUUCUCCUGCAGGUUAAAAAAGAAGAAGGAUUAAAAAAAACUUGGAUAACUAGAUGGAUGGGGAUACUGUCACAGGGGGUUACAUUUUCCAUAACUGGAGAUAUAGAAGAUCAUCAGUGGGAAGCAGUUACUGUGCCUGAGGAAAAAGUACAAAUAUACAGCAUUGAAGUGAGAGAAUCAAAGAAGCUGCUGACCAUAAUUAUGAAAAAUAUUAUAAAAAUUAGUAAAAAAGAAGGAAAAGAAUUGUUUUUGUAUUUUGAUGCAUCAUUAGAAAUCAGUAAUGUGACUCAAAAAAUUUUUGGUGCAAAUAAAUAUAGGGAAUUUACCAGAAAACAAAGUAUUUCAGUUGCCAAAACAUCUGUGCAUAUACUUUUUGAUGCAAGUGGAUCACAGCAAAUGAAAUCAUUUUCUAGACUACCUGGUGUUUUAGACAACAUCUGUGGAAAUAAAAUGCACUCCAAAUGGGCAUGUUGGACACCUGUAACAAAUAUUGAACUGUGUAAUAAUCAAAGAGCAAGUACUUCAUCAGGAGAGACAUUUAAUCAAGCUAUUAUCAAUAAAAAACUCACUAAACAAAAAUCAUCCUCUUCGAUAUCCAAUAAUUCUGAAGAAACAGAGAAGGUGAAAUAUAAGAAAGAAACAGUGGACCAUAAAAAAAUAAACAAAUCAGAAGCAGAAGUUUGCAAAAGAAACAGUCAACAACGAAAUCAUCUUAAAUAUUCUGAGGAUAAAAAUACUGAAAAUACCAAGCAGAAUGAUUGGCAUAUUGAAUCUGAAACUACCUAUAAAUCAGUUCUCCUAAAUAAGACAGUUGAAGAAUCGCUGAUAUAUAGAAAGAAAUAUGUAUUGUCAGAAGAUAUGAAUACUGCUAUUUGUGAUAAAAGCUUUUCUCCUAGAAAAAAUGUAAAAAGUCAUAGAAAAUCAGGGAAAGAAUUUACUUCUGAACUGAAUUCUUGGGAUAUGAAACAAAAAAAAGUGGAAAAGGUUCAGAAAAAAAGUUAUAGAAAACUGAAGACUACUUUUGUUAAUGUUACUUCUGAAUGCCCAUCGAAUGAUGUUUACAAUUUUAGUUUGAAUGGAGCUGAUGAACCUGUUAUAAAACUUGGAGAGGAGAAUACCCAUUCCAGAACCAAAACCAUAAAGGUUCCAGAGAAAAAACAGAAAGUCUUCUCAGCUAAAACACAAAAAGAACUACCAAAAGAAUGGAAGAACUCAACUCGAAUAAAAGAUACUAUGCAAGAUAAUCGCCUUGACUUAUCUCCUCUAUCUGGAAGUCCAUCAUCUAUAGAAGUAAUGAGAUGUAAAGAGAAAAUAACAGAAAAGGAUUUCACUCAAGAUUACGACUGUACAAUAAAAUCUGUAUCACCUAAUCUAAAAACUUCAUCACCUGAAUCCUUAAACAGUAACAAUGGAGUUGGAGGUCCAAUAAAGUCACCCAAAAACAAUGAUAAAAACUUACUAUGUGCAAGUGAACAUUGCUCACCAAUUUCACAACCACUUGUUUUGGAAAGCCAUUCAGCAUCUCCAUCAUCCAUGUGUAGCGAAGGAAGAGAGAAUACAUGGUUUGACGUGCCCUGUAACACUACUCAUGUAUCAGGCCUCACUCAACAUCUUAAUCGCAAACGAAGGUACAUAGAAGAUAAUCUAAGUAAUUCUGAUGAAGUAGAAAUGGAAGAGAAAGAAGAAAGGAGAGCAAACUUUCUUCCCAAAAAAAUGUGUAAGACUGAAGGUGCAGAUCAUCACAUAUACAAAACAUCUGAAAGUAUAUCUCCAUUAUCAACAAAAGACUUUUCUAUUCAUGGGGAGAACUGGGACAGUGAAUUUUCAGGUGUAGGGAUGAUUUGUGAGAAGCUCAAUUCAGAAUGUAGGAAGAAGAUUCAUAUACGACAUAAGAUGAUGGAUUAUUUUACUAAGCAGUCUUGGAAAACAGCCCAACAACAUCUGAAUACAAUGAAACAUCAAAUUCAGGAGUAUAGGAUUAAAAAACUUGAUAAAUUCCAAUUCCUCAUCAUAGAAGAACUGGAGAACUUUGAAAAAGAUUCGCAAUCUUUAAAAGAUUUGGAAAAGGAAUUUGUGGAUUUUUGGGAAAAGAUACUUCAGAAGUUUAAGGCAUAUCAAAAAAGUGAACAGCAGAGGCUUCAUCUUUUGAAAACUUCAUUGGAUAAAAAUGUCUUCUGUAACACAGAUUAUGAGGAAACCAUUUUUACCUCUGAGAUGUGUACGAUGAAAGAAAACAUGAAAAUGCUUCAAGACAAGCUUCUUAAGGAAAUGCAAGAAGAGGAGCUUCUUAAUGUGCGCAGAGGACUGAUGUCAUUAUUCAUGGCUCAUGAAAGAAAUGUUAAUAUGUGA